CGUAUACUGACCCCUGCCUGUAAGCCUAGGAAACCCUGCGAGUAGCUGCCAACGCCCGGUGGAGAGAAGGGGAGAGGCUGAGCGGAUAAACACUCACCAGGUAGAACAAUUGGUCCAGGUGCACCAGACCCUCAGACAAUCCAGCUAGAACAACGUAGGGGCAUCUGGGCAGGUCUGCAUUGAACCAACUGUGCUGACCUUCACACCAGAACAUUUCAGCCAUGCAGACAAUUAAAUGUGUAGUCGUUGGUGAUGGUGCUGUGGGUAAAACAUGUCUCCUUAUUUCUUACACAACAAACAAGUUCCCUUCUGAGUAUGUACCAACGGUUUUUGAUAAUUAUGCCGUAACAGUUAUGAUUGGAGGGGAACCAUAUACCCUAGGGUUAUUUGAUACUGCAGGACAGGAAGAUUAUGAUAGAUUACGACCUCUUAGCUAUCCACAGACAGAUGUGUUUCUAGUUUGUUUCUCCGUCGUGUCUCCAUCUUCAUUUGAAAAUGUGAAAGAAAAGUGGGUACCUGAAAUCACUCAUCACUGUCCCAAAACUCCAUUUCUGCUGGUUGGCACCCAGAUAGAUUUAAGAGAUGAUCCUUCAACAAUUGAGAAACUGGCAAAAAACAAACAGAAACCAAUCACUCCAGAGACAGCUGAGAAACUGGCCCGUGACUUAAAGGCAGUAAAAUAUGUGGAGUGUUCUGCACUUACGCAGAGAGGUCUGAAGAAUGUGUUUGAUGAGGCUAUCCUAGCUGCCCUCGAGCCUCCGGAAACUCAGCCAAAAAGGAAGUGCUGUAUAUUCUAAACUGUUUUCUUCUUCCCCUCUUGAUGCUGCUUCCUCUGCCCACUUUCUGUAGCAACUCGUAUAAAAAAGGGAAAAAAAAAUCAAAUAAAAACAAGAUGUUGACAAAACCUGUGCGUCUUUCCUUAAACUAUUCCCAAAUUACUUGCAUUAGCUUCCUUUGUAUUUUCUUUACAAGGCAACAAUUGGACUCUCUUAACUGUUUCUUGGGUUGCCAUAAGUAUUUAUCAGCCUUAAAAAUUCUUCUGGUCCAAAAAUAAAUGUUUAGCUAUAAAUUGUUUUUUGGCAUAGAUAACGGCUGUUUCUUUUUUUUGAACCCCUAACCAUUUGGCAGCCAAAAGAGCACAAUUGCUGGGUUUCCUUACAGCAAAAGGGUAAUGUGUUGGGGAAGGGGGUUCUUUAAAUGCAUACAAAGGCCCCAGUGGUCAUAUAUUUACAUGGUACUGUUGUAAGAUAGGAUUUUUGAUAGAUCUAAAAGACUUCAGAUUUAAAUUCCCUCUUCUAUAAUGUGGUCUUGUUUGUAAUAACUUUGCCAGUUAGAAGGGUCACAUGGGUUCUUCUAAAAUAUGUUUUGAUUGGCCGACAGCUCUCUGUACGCUAUUCCUGCAAUAUAACGUUGUGCAGUGAUGGAAAGUAGAUCUUUUUACAUGUAAUAAAACUGUGUAUUCUUUCUUAAUCCAACAAGGUAAGGUGUGCUGCAAUUGCUUACUUGGGUGUUGCCUGCAUAUAAUGCUUAAUAGUAACAAUGCCAUUUUAUUCAUCUAUAGUGUUUCUUUUUAUAAGUGCUAGGUGCAUUGCUAUCUGACUGUCAAAACCCGCUGCCCUCACAGUGAGUGAAGCUGAAGGGCCACGGGUUUGACAUCCUCUCACUAGUGUGGACCUUGUGUUUGUUGAUAUCGCUUUUGUUCAAUAGGCAGUUCCUGAACGCUGUAAAACAUUUUCAAGUAACCUGUACAAUGCCUGCUAAAUGUCUGGUGCUUUUUCCCUUCCAUUAUAAUACAUGUUGCCGUAUGUGCCAUGUGCCGCCUCCAAAUAAUUUUUACUGAAAUGUAUUGUGGACUUGAUUGGAAAGAGAGCUUCAGAAUGAACUGUUUUCAACCAAAGAGGACUUUGUUAAACACCCGAAGACCAUGAUGCCCCAGUAUUAUCUUAAUAUGCUUCUCAAGGUUUUCCUAGUCUCCUGGAGUCUUUUAACAGGUUAUAUCUGCUUGGUGUUAUCACUGAAAUGAGCUGUACUGUUUUCAUUGCUUGUCCAUUCCUAAAUACAGAAUUUAAGUUGAACUGUA